AUGGCUCUUCAAUAUCUGACCAUUACUCGCCCCGAUAUUGCUUUCACUGUCAACUCUGCCUGUCAAUAUAUGCACGCUCCUUUGCUUAGUAAUUUUAAUGCUGUCAAACACUUAUUACGUUAUUUGAAGGGUACUCUUGAUAAGGGUCUUCAGUUUCAGCCAAGUCCUCUUGUUCUCAUUGCCUAUUCUGAUUCCGACUGGGCUGGGAAUGCGAUUGAUCGCCGGUCAACUAUUGGUUUUUGUAUUUUUCUGGGUCCCAACUUGGUUUCUUGGUCUGCAAAGAAACAACCUACUGUUUCUCGUUCCUCCACUGAAGCAGAGUAUCGCGCUCUUGCUCAAACUUCGGCCGAGCUUAGCUGGCUUGGCAUGCUUCUUUGGGAUCUUCACAUUCCUCUUGACCCACCUACUCUAUGGUGUGACAAUCUCUCUGCCAUUGCUCUGUCUAGUAAUCCUAUUUUCCAUGCUCGGUCUAAACAUAUUGAAGUGGACUGUCAUUUCGUCCGUGAGCGUAUUGCUUCCAAAAGUUGA